UGACCUGAGGCAAGAAUGACUCAACUGGAGACCAUGUUUUGGUUAAUAGUAGCGUCGGUGCUAGUGCGAAGCAUCCCAUCCCUCGGCAGUGCUUCAACGUUGUAUCUUCGUCGACCUCCUUACUUCUCCAGUCAACAGCCUGAACAAUUGACGGCACCACCAUCCCUCGAUUUGUCACCUCCACCAUCAUACAGCCAGGUACCCCGACCACAGUAUGGCCAGCCACCUUCAAAAUACUUCCCGCCUCCACCACGAUAUGGACAACCACUUCAACCCCCGCACAGGCAGCCACCUCCUCAGUACUCUCCAUCUCCACCACAGCAAGGAAAACCAUCUCCGCCCCAGUAUGGGCAGCCACCUCCCCAUCAACAUGGACAACCACCUCCACGGCACAAGCCACCACCACAUCGGCAGCGACCACCCUCGCACAAGCAGCCACCCCCACCACAUCCGCAUCGCCCGCCACCUUCUCGUAAACCACCACCUCUCAGGUACCUGCCACCGUCUCCCAAGCACCCACCUCCUCCGCCGCAGCAUGCACAGGCGCCGCCACCACCACGACACAGACAGCCAGCCCCUCCAAUGGCACACCACAAGCACCCGCCACCCUCUCACGGAAACCCUCCACGUCAUCACAGACACCCAGCGCCGCCCCUGUCACCAUCUCCACAUAAGCACCCGCCGCCACACCAUGGGCGCACCCCGCCAACUCAUAGGAAUCCCCCACCUUAUAACGGGCAGCCGCCUCCUCCACCUCCCCACCGACGAACACCACCCUCUCACGGGUAUCCACCACCGCAGCAUUUACGGCCACCGCCGCCAUCUCAUGGAGCAGCACCACCUUGCCACAGGCUCAACCCUCCAUCUCACAUGCCUCCACCACCUCGUCAUCCUUACCCGCCACCAUCUCACGGGCUGCCCCCACAACCCGCUCGAGGUUAUCCACCCCGUUCUCACCAUGGGCGUCCUCCACCUCCACAGCAAUACACACCACCUCCGUCGCAGAUGCCAUCGCCACCGUCUCCGUACCAACCGCCACCGCCGUAUCUCUAGGCUCUGGCACAAUGGUCCUAAUAUUGUAUUAAAAUACUACUAUGGUUGCUGAGAGUGAUCAUGCUCCCUUUUUUGGUAAUGGCUAUGCGCCCCGUAAACGGGUGUCCGCUCUUUUUUAUGUAUGCGUGAUAUGGUUCUAUCUUCCGCUCCUUUUUAUGUAUGCGUGAUAUGGUUCUAUCUCUUGCUUCUAGCAGAUUGUGUGGUGAGAAAUUAAAUAAAUGAUCAGUUUCAA